AGCAACACUGUGGGUUUGAGCUACAUCUUUAGGAUAAAUUGUCACGAUGUCCGCUGUUAAAAUUCACAGGAGACCUUUUAGGUGAUGUUUGUAGUAGAAAUGGGUCCACUUCAUGUUGAGAAGUGUCCUAAAAUGGCUUUGCUUUAAUCCACGUGGAUUUCGCGUGUCUGCCUGCCUUUCUGUGCAUGUACACACAUUUGUAACCAUUUCUUAUAGCUUAUAUUCUAUACCCUCGAGUUAGCGGUCGCUUGGCUACUUUUUAUAUUGGCCCCAUGAGACGUAGCGAGGACACGGAGCAGCAGGUCUGGGAGUCAGAGGUCGACAUGAACCCGCCAAAGCGGCUACGCACCACGGAAACACUGACAGGAGGCAAAGAGCGGGAGGUGGAGAAGAGCACUGUGGAUGUGAGUAUUGUCAUGCCAGUGUAUAAUGCAUCAUGCUGGCUGGAUGAAUGUCUGCAGGCCAUAUUGGUCCAAGAUUUCUCUGGAUCCAUGGAGCUGUCGGUGUUUGAUGACGCAAGCACCGAUGACUCGAAAAAAGUGGUGGAAGGUUGGAGGGAGAGGCUAGAGGCAAAGGGCAUCUCAGUGGUGAUCUCUGGUCACAACUCUGAACAACCUAAAGGAGUGGGAUAUGCAAAGAAUAAGGCCAUAUGUCAGAGUCGUGGGCAAUACUUGUGCUUUCAGGAUGCGGAUGACAUUAUGUUGCCCCAAAGAGUUCGUCUGCAGUAUGAGGCGUCCGUCUUGCACAAAAACACUCUGAUUGGCUGCAGAGUCCAGCGAGUACCGGAAGGAUCUACAGAGCGUUACACUCGCUGGAUCAACACACUCAGUCAGGACCAGCUCAUCACACAGGUGUACACCUCCCAUGGGCCCAGUGUUGUCAUGCCAACAUGGUUCUGCUCACGGGAAUGGUAUCAGAAAGUUGGGCCGUUUGAUGAGGGAGGCAAGGGAGUCCCAGAGGAUCUUCUCUUUUUUUACCAGAGUCUUCGUCAUGGUGGGGGUCUGUUCCGGGUUGACCAGUGCCUGCUGAUAUAUCGUUAUCAUGAGAAAGCAGCCACUCACUCCGUAACUGAAGAGACUAUUUGGAAGCUGCGAGUAGACUUCCUGCAGGAGAGAGUUCUCAGCCAAUGGGAGAGCUUCACCAUAUGGAACGCUGGUAAACAAGGCCGAAAGCUGUACCGAUCGCUUAGCCCAGCCAAUCAGAAGAAAGUCAAGGCUUUCUGUGAUGUGGAUGAGAAAAAGAUCCAGAAAGGCUUCUAUACAUACGAGGAGUCCAAGGAAAGGCCUAAGCCAAAGAUUCAAGUUCUGCAUUACAAAAACGCCUCCGCUCCUUUCAUCAUCUGUGUCAAACUGGACAUGACUGGAGGCAACCUGGAGGAAAAUCUAAAUUCUUUGCAGCUGAAGGAAGGAAUAGAUUAUUACCACUUCAACUGACUGUUCAGGGAGAUGGGGAAGACUGGAGGAGGCUUGCAGGUUAACAGGCAGUGGAAUGCAGAGGAAUACGUCACUUUCACAUAUAUGCAAACUGAGAAGUAGGCAGGUAAUAACAGGAAAAGAGUGAACACUGGAAAUAAGUGCACAUUUACAAAGAUGAGGGUAGGAGAUGGCUGUCGUGUAUUUUAAGUCUUAAAAU